CUGUGGCUUCAGCAGCGGCAGGAGUGGCAUAGGGAAGAACCCAAGCCCCGGCAACAAGCCAGGCAAACGCCCAUCUUCCUCCUCCCCAGCUCCCUCCCCCACUUCCCCCUCCUCCUCCGCCGCCUCCUCCUCUCCACUCAAUCCCCUUCAGCAAGUCCUAGCCAGCGUCUCGCAACAAGCCCAGGCAGUCCUCCCUCCCCCAGUCACAGCCUUCCCCUGGGCGUCCCUCCUCUCGUCUGUCCUUUGCGCGCAUGCACGCCCUUCUCUCUCUAUCCUUCUCGCUCCUCCUUCUGCCGUACCUCCUCUCAUCAUCCCUAGGCGAGCUCGCCUUUGCUCAGGCAGGGUCAGGUGUGCUGCUGGCGGGGACAGCGGCGGUAGCAGCCAGUGUGGGGUGCUAUUGGGUGGCGGAGGAGGCCGGGAAGGAGCAGGGCGUGCUGGUGAAGAGGGGAGGGGCUGUUGGCCGGGCUCUUGCGCUUGUGGCUCGGGACUCCACCAAUUUACUGAUGCUCAUUGCUGUCGUUUGUGCGCUCCUCAAGGCCUCAGCACCCACCCUCCCUUCCUUUCUUCGUGUCAUCGUACCAUUUCUUGCUAAUGGUAGUUUGGCUGCCGUUUUCGUGCGGUUAGUUUUGCGGCGUGCAGAAGUCAGCUUUUAGGUGUUCCUUACGUUAUGACUCAACUGUAGAAUAGAAACGCUUGAUGAGCAUAGCGCAUUUCCCUUCUCAGACUAACUGGGUAUAAGGUUUCUAGCUUCAAUUGGGUCACAUUAUCAGAGGGACUUGCUUAAAGCCCCAAGCUAGAAUAGCAAAACCACAUUCAGGUAUCAAAUAUAUGUAUAACUCAUAU